ACGAGCUCCCCCUCCCCUUCCCUUCCCUUCCCCCGGCGAUCCUCCCAGCCAAAUCCCUCCCGCUAGGGGACCUCGCACGCCGCUCUAGAUCUAGAUCCGCCCCGUCGUGCCCGCAAGCGUUCGAUCCCUCCCUCCCUCGCUCGCCCGCCCGCGCAGCCAGGCAGCGGAUCCGGCGAGGCGAGGCCCAAGUAGAUCGAUACCUCCGCCUCGCCAUGAAGGGCCCUUCCGGUUCCUCGGGCGGCCGCGAUCCGUGGGCGCCUCCUCCCGGUUCGGGUGGUGGUGGCGGCGGCGGAUCCAGCCAGCCGGCCAAGAAGCAGCAGCGGACGGCGAGCUCGGGCCAGGCCGACGAGGCCUCCACCUCCUCCUCCUCCUCACAGCCCCCGCCACAGCAGCAGCAGCCUGCGCCGGAUGGGGGAGAUGUGCCGUACCUUGGGGAGGACCUGAUGUUCGAGGUGCUGCGGCGGGCGGAGGCGCGGACGCUGGCCUCGGCGGCGUGCGUCAGCCGGGGCUGGCGGGCCCUCGCGCAGGACGAGCGGCUCUGGGAGGCGGCGUGCGUGCGCGAGUGGGCCGACCUUGGCUUCUCCGAGCAGCAGCUCCGCGCCGUCGUGCUCUCGCUCGGCGGCUUCCGCCGCCUGCACGCCGUCUCCAUCCGGCCCAUCCAGCGGCGCCGUGCCGGUGUUCCUGCUGCGCCUGCUCAGGGAAGGGGAAGGCGGCAGCAGCCUCCUGCCAGGCUGGGCCGGGACCAGGUCCAGCUGUCGCUGUCGCUCUUCUCCAUCGGCUUCUUUCAGAACAUGCCUAAUCAGCCCCCUCCUAAGAAGAAAGAUGAGGGUGAUGGCAGCGAUAAGGGUGGAGGUGGGCGGUGCGGGUGAUCCAACUGGCUUUGCCUAACAGCUAGUCUGCACAAGAGAGAGCAUAAGAAGUUGGGCUGAUUGAUAAGAGACAUGAAAGAGAUGGGGUGGGACUGCAAGGUGGUCGGAUUAUGCUGUUCUAAUAUGGACAGGUGUAUGGGUUCUGAUAGGUCAUAAAUUCACCUGGAAAUGUGGAUAGGUGGUGUGUGGGUACUGAUGGGUUGUUGGUUUAGUUGAAGUGUCAUGGGACAAAUGGGGUGCCAUACCCAUGUCAUAUCGAAUCGCUUGAUUUUGAUCUGACAGUAUAUAGUAUGUUGCUUAAGUUGGUUUGAAUUAUAUUGUGUAAAAUUCUCGCUUUAAAGAUUUGAGCAAUGUGAAAUUAUGUGAUUGAA